AUGGUGCUCGAGGAUUACACCUACGUCUUUGCCCUAGGCACUUGCUUCGCCCUGCUCGAGGCCUACAACAACGGUGCCAACGAUGUCGCCAACGCCUGGGCUACCAGCGUCUCAUCGCGCUCGGUUACUUACCGAGGCGCCAUGGUCCUCUGCUGUAUCUUCGAACUCCUCGGUGCCCUCACAGUCGGCGCCCGAACCGCCUCGACCAUCAAGAACGGUAUCAUCCCCAUGGAGGCCUUCCGUGACAACGCCGGUGUCCAGCUUCUCGCCUUCGCCUGUGCCUCCGCCGGUGCCUCUCUCUGGGUUAUGUGGUGCACCCGACACAACGCCCACGUCUCUUCGACCUACUCUCUCAUUUCCUCGCUCGCUGGUGUUGGUAUCGCUACUGUCGGUGCUAGCAAGGUCCAAUGGGGCUGGAACGGCGGCCAGGGUCUCGGUGCCAUCUUUGCCGGUCUCGGUAUGGCUCCCGCCAUCGCCGGUUGCUUCGGUGCCAUCAUCUUCAUGCUUGUUAAGCUUGUUGUCCACGUCCGCAAGAACCCUGUCCCCUGGGCUGUCUGGACCUCUCCCUUCUUCUUCCUGAUCGCCGGUACCAUCUGCACGCUCUCUAUCGUCUACAAGGGUUCUCCCCGCCUUGGUCUCACUGAGAAGCCCGCCUGGUACAUCGCCUCCGUCACCCUGGGUGUCGGCUUCGGUCUGUUCAUCCUGUCUGCCAUCUUCUUCGUCCCCUUCGUCCACGCCGUCGUCAUCAAGCGCGACUACACCCUCCGCUGGUGGGAUGCCUGGCAAGGACCCCUCCUGUUCAAGCGCCCUGCUCCUCCUGAUGCUGAGAACGCCCGUGUUCCCAACUACGCCGUUAUCCAGCACGAUGCCGAGGACGACCAGGCCUCCAACCAGGACUCCGAGACCCAGUACGACCCCAAGAAGGGCAGCAACGACGAUGAGAUCACCCCCGCCCACCCCGCCCACGAGGUCACCAACGAGAAGCACACCCUCAACCUUGCCGAGUCUACUCAGGAGGGCUACCAGCGAAUGCUCCGUGAGAACACUGAGAAGCAUCACGCCAAGCUCCGAAAGUCCCGUGGUCCUCUUGGCUGGGCUAUGCGCACUCUCCACGCCAACCCCAUCGGUGCCGGUUCCAUCCACGAGACUCACAACCUGAUCGCCAUCGUCAAGCGUAUCCCCGCCCAGAUCGUCGUCGCUCUCCUCUACGGUGCCCACUACGACAUCCACACUGCUCAGAUCGGUAUCGAGGGUACUCCCGAGGGUAAGCGCAUGGCUCGCGUCUACGCCAAGGCCCCCAAGUACUCCAACGAGGUCGAGUAUCUGUACUCUUUCGUCCAGAUCAUCACUGCCUGCACUGCUUCUUUCGCUCAUGGUGCCAACGAUGUCGGUAACGCUGUCGGUGUCUGGGCUGGUAUGUACGCUGCUUGGCACUCUGGCAAGCCUGCCGAGAAGAAGGCCGAUGUCCCUCUCUGGCAGAUUGGUAUUGUCGCUGCCACCAUUUGCAUUGGUUUCAUCACCUACGGAUACAACAUCAUGAAGGUUAUGGGUAACAAGAUCACCUACCACUCCCCCAGCCGUGGCUCCUCCAUGGAGAUGGGUGCCGCCAUCACCGUCCUCGUCUUCUCCCAGUACAAGCUCCCCGUCUCCACCUCCAUGUGCAUCACUGGUGCCACCGUUGGUGUCGGUCUCUGCAACGGCAGCCUCAGCGCCGUCAACUGGAAGCGAGUCUUCCUCUUGGUCUUCUCCUGGAUCAUGACCAUCCCCAUCGCUGGUCUCAUCGGUGGCUGCCUCAUGGGUCUUGCCCUCAACGCCCCUCACUUUUAA